AAGAAGUGAGAAUAAGCCCGAGGGUGGCUGUAAUGUAACGUGGAUUAGACUGCUGUAAAACCUCAACGAAGAAGAAGUCGCCUCUAUGACGUCAUUUUACUGCGACAAACCGCCUGGACUUUUUUUUACAGAACAAGCUUUAGGCUGAGCAGGAUUUUUGUGAAAAUGACGGACCAAAAAGCAGAGAAUAUUAGCUCUAUCCCCAUCGAUGAGUUCAGCAAUUUAAGAAUCACAUCCAUAUGGACGUUUCUCAUGUCUGUGCAGUGGUCGGAGCCCUGGCUGAUCGGGCUGUUGGUGUUUCAUGUCGUGUGUUUGUUUCUGACCGUGGUGACGUGCAGAUACUACAGAGCGCAGAUUUGUCACUUCCUGCUCAUGGUUGGCCUGGUGUAUAGUGCUGAAUAUUUAAAUGAGCUGGCAGCCAUGAACUGGAGGUCCUUCUCUAAUUUCCAGUACUUUGAUUCCAAGGGCAUGUUCAUAUCUUUGGUGUACUCUAUUCCUCUUCUGCUGAAUACAGUCAUAAUUGUGAUGGUGUGGGUGUACAGGACAUUUUACACUAUGACUGAGCUGAAGACACUCCAGCUCAAGCGAAAGGCCCGCAGAGAGAUGAGAGAGAAGAAUGACUGAUGUCUCUCCUUAUGUCCAAAUGGGCUCCAUUUGGAGGUAUUAAGAAUCAGUGUCUCUGCCAUGCUCAUCCUGACUUUUGGAGGAAGAAGACAGAUUCCUUCUUGUGACCAUAAAUAGAUUGUUCGUUGAUGUCGGUCAGGACUGGGGGUCUGUUUCUGGUAACGACUGUUGAAAAAAAAAAUCCUGGCGAAAUACUGUACACUAUGAUAUACGAGGACCAAAGGACAUUUACUGUUUUGUAAUAAUGUUGUUUUAAAGUUGUUGAAAUGCACAAAGAAAGAUAAAGGGUUUUUGAAUGAU